AUGAGAAGAUAUCUUCAAUUUAUAGUGCUACUAGCAAUUAUAUCUUUUUCCUAAUGCUUUUAAAAUAUAGAUUCCAAUUUUUCUUCUUCAAAGAAAAGACUUCAUUUUGAUGAAAAAGGCGAAUUUAAAGUGAUCUAAUUUGCUGAUCUCCACUUUGGUGAAACUGACUUAAAGGAUCUUCUAUCUGUUUCUUUGAUGAAUUAUUUGAUAGAAAAGUAUCAUCCAAAUUUUGCAGCGCUUUCAGGUGAUAUGGUUAGUGGAUAUGCAUGGGAUAAUACAACAACAUUUUAUUAGCGUAAUUGGAAGAAAUACACAAGUCCAUUUGGAUUACAUAAUCUCUCUUAUUCAAUUAUUCUUGGAAAUCAUGAUGACCAAGCUAACCUAAACCGUACUUAAAUUAUGGAUUUAGAUAUGACUAAUCCUCACAGUCAUUCAAAUAAAAGUGUUCCUGGUUUGCCUGAUGGCAGCAAUUAUUACUUAAUCAUAUAUGAGAAUGCUACAAGCAAUGUUCCAAAAGCUGUGCUCUGGUUUUUAGAUACACAUGAUCACGAAUGUGAGGAUAAUACUAAUUCUUGGGGUUGUAUUUCAAGAAUUUAAGUUGAAUGGUUUGAAAAUGAAAUUACUAAGUUGAAUAAGUAAUAUGAAAAUUUGCUUCAUAUUGCUUUUUAUCAUAUUCCAAUUCCAGAGUAUGUUACAUUAUAUAAUAAUUACAAAGUCUAUGGAACUAGAGGAGAAUCUGUUGGUUGUCCAUCAAUUAAUACUGGAUUCUUUAAAGCUAUGAAGGAAAACAAUGUUAGAGCAGGUUUCUGUGGUCAUGACCAUAAUAACGAUUAUGGAGGUUUUAUUGAAGGAGUUGAGUUAGUUUAUGGUAGAAAAACAGGAUUUGGAAGUUAUGGACCAUAGGAAGAUAAAAUGAGAGGAGCAAGAUUUCUUCAUCUGACCCUUCAAGGUAAUUCAACACCCACACUAUAUCACGAAAUACUUUAAUCUGAUGGCACUAGAAAAUAAAAUGGAGAAGCCACUUACAGAUACGACAAAGAUGAAGAGGGUUGUGGAGUUACUCUUGGUCUAUAAUAACCCUUAGAUACUUAUCCAAAAUUAAAGAAAAGAGUUGAAUUAUGA